AUGAUUGAUACACAAGUCUAUAGUGGUGAUCACGUAUUAAAUGUGCCAGCAAUAAAAGCUUCAGAGCCAUUUCGUUCGACGUUGUUCUAUGAACAGAGGAUGUAUAUAUCCCGUAUGAAUCAAGGAGAUCGGUGGCCGUUUAAUAUAUUAACUUGCAGAGAUUUUCAACUACCAUUUCUAUUACCUUGUUUAACAACUAAAUUUGAGAAUUCUCCGAUUCAGAACAGUUCAAAAUCAACAAGCGAAACGAAUAACAGUACAGAAUCCACAAUUUUAACAGUCAAAGAAAAAGCUGAGACAGGCAGUCAUGAUGUGGAAACGACUCUCGAUUGCAAAGAAAAACAAAAACAUCCUCUAUCACCUUUAAAGUUUUCCAUUCAAAGUUUGCUUGCUGAACGAUCAUUAUCAUCAGAUCGAGAAAAAUGUAAAAAAAACGAAGAAGAAGAAGAAGGACAAGAUUAUCGACGUGUAGCAGGAUCACCCAGUCAACCAUCCAUAUUACAAUGUCGUUCGUCAAGUAGUGGACGAGGACACAAAUCUCUACCCUAUCCACUACGUAAAGAAAAUGGUAAAAUUAUCUACGAGUGUCGAAUGUGUUCAAAAACAUUUAGCCAAUUAUCAAAUCUGAAAGUACAUUUGCGAACGCAUACAGGUGAACGACCGUUUAUGUGUAAUCUAUGUUCGAAAUCCUUCACCCAGUUUGCUCAUGCACAAAAACAUUCACUCGUUCACUCUGGUCUUCGACCGCAUCAAUGUCCACAUUGUCCAAAAAAAUUUUCCUCAACAUCAAAUUUAAAAACACAUCUAAGACUUCAUAACGGUGAAAAACCGUAUUUGUGUUCUCAAUGUUGUACAAGAUUUACACAGUUGGUGCAUUUGAAACUUCACAAACGAACACACUGUGAAAAUAUAAAUUUGACUUCAUUUCGCCCAGUUUUGUAA